UUUUCAAGCAUAGGACAUUAUUUAACAUUGAUUUUGAGUUCCAGAAAUUUCCAAUUCCGCGGCCACUACUCAAGCAGAUACUACGCUUGCGCAGUUGAAAGGUACAGGCGACACUCGCCUGUCACACCGACCCGACCACAGUAUACAAAUUCUGUGCCCACACCCACAUAGCCCCAGAUUCUGCUUUACUUUCUCCUUGAUAGUAAUCAGAAGGAAGUUUAUUUUUCUUUCAUAACAAUAUCCUUACAACUCAAAUCUAUAAUUAAUCUUUUAUACCAAAAAAGAAUAUAAAAUAUUGAUAACUCACACCUUUUUUCUUUCAAGAAACUAAUGGAUGAAUUGAUGGCGGCAGUUAAGCAGGAGAAUGAUAGCAGCCAAGAACCAGCGCCAGGGUGCAGCACUGCAGGCUCUCCAACCGAUGAUGGUUCCAGCCAACAAUAUUUGAUCUCUGGCUACAAUCUCAUAUUCAUCAAAGAGGAUGCAUAUGUUGAGCAAGAGGCAGAAGGAAGUUCAGUGAAGAGUGAAAUGGAGAUGUGGCCUCCAAACUGCAUCACAUCAGGAACUGCCAAUGCAACAGAAGUGGGUGGACUGAAGGCACAUUCAAUCUCUCCAGUGGAAAAGUGUACUGAGCCAUCUGUGACUGGCAAAAAGACCAAGCUCUACAGUUGUGCUGACUGCAGCUAUGAAACACACCGUUCCCAUGAUUGGAAUAGACAUAUGAGAAAACACACUGGGGGAAAGCCUUUCAGUUGUGAGAUUUGUGACUAUAAAUGUGCAUAUUCAAGUAAUUUAAAACGACAUCUCAGAACACAUACAGGAGAAACACCUUUCAUUUGCGAAUUUUGUCACUAUAAAUGUGCUCAAUUAAUUAGUUUGAAAAUACAUCUCAGAACUCAUACAGGAGAAACACCUUUCAUUUGCGAAUUUUGCGACUAUAAAUGUGCUCGUCCAGAUAGUUUGAAAAUACAUCUCAGAACUCAUACAGGAGAAACACCUUUCAUUUGCGAAUUUUGCGACUAUAAAUUUACUAAAUCAAGUAAUUUAAAAAGCCAUCUCAGAACACAUACAGGAGAAACACCUUUCAGCUGCACUUUUUGUGACUAUAAAUGUGCUUAUUCAAGUAAUUUAAAACGACAUCUCAGAACACAUACAGGAGAAACACCUUUCUUUUGCGAAUUCUGUGACUAUAAAUGUACUAAAUCAAGUAAUUUGAAAAGCCAUCUCAGAACACAUACAGGAGAAACACCUUUCAGCUGCAACUUUUGUGACUAUAAAUGUGCUCGUCCAGAUAGUUUAAAAUACAUCUCAGAACACAUACAGGAGAAACACCCCUCAGCUGCAACUUUUGUGACUAUAGAUGUGGUGACUCAAGUUCCUUAAAAAGACAUCUCAGAACACAUACAGGAGAAACACCUUUCAGCUGCAACUUUUGUGACUAUAAAUGUACUCAAUCAAGUUAUUUGAAAAGACAUCUCAGAACACAUACAGGAGAAACACCUUUCCGCUGCAACUUUUGUGACUAUAAAUGUACUCAUUCCAGUAAUUUGAAAAGACAUCUCAAAAAACAUACAUGAGAAACAAUUUUCAGCUGAGAAUUUUGUAAGCCACAUUUACUCAUUCAAAUUCAUUUAAUUUUUUAGUAGUUCAAGUCUUUAGUGGAUUAUAUUCACUAAACACUUAUUAGCAAUUCAUAUUUGAUGAAUAGUUUCAAGUUGAUAUUUUGCUCCGCCAUCAACUCAUCGCCAUGUAUCUUGCUUGAUCCUCUGCUUCUCCUUGAGUAGCUCUCCAAGUCAGCCUUAACCUGAUUCCUCCAUCAUAGCCUACGUUUAGAAACACUGUCUUAUGGUGUUCACAUUUUUAGUUGAUAUCUGUCAGCAUGAUGAAACCCUAGGUCACAGAAUACAUACAGAAUGGAAAGUCGGCUAUAGUGAGGUCCACCUUAAAAGUAUGGCAGUGUUUGAUUAGCAAUGGUAUUGCUAUCUUUGUCUAUCAUUCAAUAAAGUGGAUGGUGUUAUAUC